CUACCGUACCCUGCCCUCCCGUCCUGAGGUAGCGAAGGGGGCGCUGCCCUGCUUUGCCCGCCCUCCCUCCGGGUGGUUCGAAAGAAAGAGAGUCCCGGCGGGCCCGGAGUGAGAGAGUUUCAGGCGCGACGGCGGAAGGAGGAGGAGAGACAUGGCCGACUACUGGAAAUCUCAACCCAAGAAAUUCUGUGAUUACUGCAAGUGCUGGAUAGCAGAUAACAAGCCUAGCAUUGACUUUCAUGAAAGAGGGAAGAACCAUAAAGAAAAUGUUGCCAAGAAAAUUAGUGAGAUUAAAAAGAAAAGUUUGGAAAAGGCAAAAGAAGAGGAAAAAAUGUCAAAGGAAUUUGCUGCCAUGGAGGAAGCGGCAAUGAAAGCUUAUCAGGAAGAUUUGAAAAGGCUUGGUAUUAAGGCAGAAUCUGUUGUUCAGAGUUCAGCACCAAAACAGCAGGAAGAAAGAAAAGAAAAGAAGAAGGAAAAAAGAAAAAAAGAAAGAGAGAACAGAGAAACAUCAGCAGAAACAAAUGAAUGGGUGCGAGGAUUUUCUCCAGAAGGCUACAUGUAUUACUAUAACACUGUAUCGGGAGAAUCACAGUGGGAGAAACCUGAAGGGUUUCAGGAUGAGCCUGCAGAAUCCAAAAUGACAGCACAAUGGAUGGAAGGACAAAGUGAAGAUGGUCACACCUAUUACUACAAUAUGGAAACCGGAGUAUCAACUUGGGAAAAACCUGAUGAUUUUGUGUCUCACACAAACGAGAUUGGGAAGAAUAGAAGAAGUCAUGCUGAAGAGAACCCAGAAACUGAUUCAAAACAAGCUGAAUCAGAUAGUAAAAAGGAGGGCAGUGAAAAUGAGUUACAAAAGACAAAAAGAAACUUCCAGCAAAGAACAGAAAGCAGUGAAGAAGUAAAGGAAAAGCCUUGCAGACCCAAAAAGAUCAGCCCUUACGGAGAAUGGCGGGAAGUGCAAUGGGAAGGCACAGAUCAAGAGGACAGAGCACCUCUUCGGGAAGAACCAUCUCGGACACCAUCUCAAACAGUUAAGCCUUAUGGUGAAUGGGAGGAAAUCACAGAAGAGGAAGAUCCAUAUGAAAAAGUAGACUUGGAACUCCCUGAAACAGAAUGUGAUUCUCUGCCAGCCCCUGCUCUGCAAGUACCAGAGGAUGCCAAGAUUAUAUUUAAAGAAAAAACUGUCAGUUCUCUUGGUAGCACCACAGAAGGGAUACCAGUUUUCAAAAAGCGAAAAUUUGAAAAUGGAAAAUCUAGAAACAUACGACAGAGACUGAAUGAUCACUAAUACUUUCAGCGCAAUGUUCAGAUGCUCUUUCAGUGGAAGAAGGAAAGAGAUGAAGAAAAUAAAUGCUUUAAAACAAUUUCUUUAUAAGAAAUUUCUUUAUAAGAAAUUGCUGGAAAAUAACAGCUUCUGGUUCUUCAAAAGUUUCUUGGAUAUGUAUUGUAUUAAACAACUGUUUUGGGGAUGAUAACAUUUUUAUUUGUUGGAAUGUAAAUUUCAUGUAGGCAGUUUUGUAAAUAUAUAUUUUACAAACCAUGUUACCUGAAUUCAGAAUGCACAACCAUGCAAAUUCAUUUUACAGAUUUGUUAAUUCUGAUCAUCUAAUUAGCACCUAUUAUUUUUUUGUAAUCUGCCUUGACAAAACAUAGUACUAUAGAGAUCACAGCAUUUUAACUGUCCAUAAUUUAGUUAGUGGAGAUUUAAAUGUAACACCAUUUUUGUCUCAAUUUUUUUCUGAUAUUUUUCUCCUGAAUUUUCAAUGUGUCAUUAUGGCAGUUACCUGGAAAAGUGAAUGAGAAAAAUAAUGCUUUAUUGAUUCGUGUUGAUGGAAAUAGAUGCUGGUUUAUCUCUUGCUUGUGAAGAUGUUCUGUAUAGGCACUGAGUAUAACAUUUGUCGUAUCACACUCUUAAUUCCUCAUCUGUCCAAUGUAAGAGGCUGGUGUUAUAAGUACUCUUUGGUUAGAACAACUUUGGGGACCAAGGUAAGCUGAAUUCUCUGAUCUAUAUAAGUUUGCACAUAGAGUAAAUGUAGAUACAUUUGUACUGAACCAUUUAUUAUUCUGCUGUUAGUCACAUUGUGAUUUUGCAGAGGUUUAGAAGACUUUUCUAGUCAGUAUUUGCCCCUCAGCUUAUCUUCCCUGCACAGACAUUUUGGUUGGUAUCUUAUUGCUAAGGAAUUAUGACUGGAACAUACAACUCUGUGUACAGUUCCUCUUCCCUGCUGUUUAUGCCGCAAGAGGAAUCCAAUAAGCCCUAACACAAGUACAAAUCCCCAUUGUCUUUACACUGCUUGCAUAAUUAGAAGCCAGAUAUCCCUUAUGGUUUACGUUUGUCAAGAUGAUUAUACCCCCACCCCCUUUGUCUUCACUGUAUAUGCAGCAAGUAAUGAAAGAGUACUUGUUUUUUGCAAAAAACUUGAAUGAGAACAGAAAAGCAUUUGGCAUAAUUUAAUUGUAGAUGGCCACAAUUUGUUUCCUACAAUACUGCAACACUUGUUGAGCUUGAUUUCUUACAGAACCAUGCUGCACACAUCUAGUCAAACAAAGCUUACUCCAUGCUGUAUACUGAGUCCAACGAGGCUUACUCCCAAGUAAUGUGUAUAAGACUACAGCCUGUACUAUAUUAAUAUAUCUGGAAAUGCAUUCCAUUUAACUUCUAACUUCUGAAUUGCACUGUUAGUUUCUCAGAUACUGAAAACUUUAUUGUGAACAAGUUUUUAGAGGAAUGAGUAUGUACCAUACGUUAGAAAACAGAAGCAUCAUUUUUGCUUUAUUUAACAUUAAUUCCUACUUCUAGUGGGAAAAGAUAAAUUAAAAUACAAUAAACC